GAAUUGCAACAAGUACUAAGGAUGUAAAAGAUAAAAAAGAUCAAGAUUAUAUAUAUAAAGAACAUAAUGAUCUUAAAUCAUUUCUUGCUCUCAAAGAUGUUAAUAAAAAUACCCCAGUAUAUCGCGGUAAUUUGUAUGAAUAUCAGACAAUAGCAUGCCUUAAAACGACACUUGGAAUUGUUACAAGGCGAGUAGGUAAAACUAACGAUGGGGGGAUAGAUUUUCGAGGACAAUGGAUAUUACCGGAUAAAAAACUAUGUGUCAUUGGUCAAUGCAAAGCCUUAGCCAAAAAAUGUUCUCCAAAUAUAAUUCGAGAGCUUGAAGGCGUACUUUGUCAGGAAACUGAAGGAACAUUAUGUAUUUUAUCAUCAAUGAACGGUUUUACUGGAUAUGCUAUUAAAAGAUAUAUUGCAUCACCCUUCCCUAUUAUGUUAAUAACGGUUACAGAUAAUGGCAGAAAGUUAGGAAGUAUUUCAUGGAAUAAAGCAGCAGAAGAAUACUUGAAAGGAUUUCAAGUAACAUUGAAACAUGAUCUUUUGAGUUCAAAGCCUUUUAUUUUACAUAAUGGAAAACCUUUUAUUUUAGAUGAAGAAUAA